AUGGCUAUAAUAUUCUCAAUUGCUAAUGCCAAGAGAAGUCUAACUAGAUCUCUGUCUGGUUCAAAGAAACUAGAUAUCCCUAAAGGCUACUUUGCGGUCUAUGUUGGGGAGAACCAGAAGAAGCGGUUUGUGAUUCCACUAUGGUAUUUGAACCAUCCUUCAUUCCAAAAUUUGUUGAGCCAAGCUGAAGAAGAACAUGGAUAUGAUCAUCCCAUGGGCGGUAUCACAAUCCCCUGCACUGAGCACACUUUCCUUGAACUGACUUCUGGCCUAAGUGAGUGA